CGCUAAUUGGAUGUUGAUCCUAGGAAGCGCGCUCUAUUCUUGCUGCGCUUCCUCGGACUUGUUUGUUACUGUAUUUUCCCUUAAGUGCUAUAACGGUUGCUAUAUUUUUGCCAUGUAAUAACUUUCAAUGCUUAGAUUUUCUCGGUUUUAUACACCUAAUUUUUUUCCAGAAUAAAGUUGUGCUGCCAUAUCACGCAUAAAUUUCGUCGUCGUGCGGCAUAUCUUUGUUUUGCCUGUAAAAGGUUACUGGCGAGACUAUAAUAUAUGCACGAUUUCGGCGCAAAAUUCUUUCAUCUAAUUGGUCAAAGAGCCUUUCGGGAUUUUAGCUGAUGUCAGUUCGUGAUGAAACCUUUUAAUCAAAUUCCUAACCUAAACCAUCAACUGUAAAUCACAAUCCUUAUUAUUCACACAGGCAUAUAACUCUCAUUUGACACUAGCAAGUAGCUGGAAAUUCUCAAGGCCGCUCAAAGGUCGUCAGUCGGUUAGCUGUACUAUACUGCCAAGCAUUUAGUCGGGGGAAACGCAUCCUAAACAUCCUUGCAUUGUCACCCAGUGCUACUAAAAGACUGGUUUCCAGCAAAUGGAAUGAUUCCACCUUACUUUUAUUUUAUUUUUAUUUAAACACAUAAAUAUUGGUACAAGGAAGCAUCAGAUAAAUAUGCGCCUCACAAAUCUCAUUCGAUUUGUGUGAGGGCUGUGAUACUGACCAGGUGCCCAGACUGAAGCAGAUGGUUUUCUUAGGGGGCCACACCCGGAGCCUUUGACCUGAAUAUCUGAUCCACAAGACAGUGGAGCAUCGUGAGGAGAUGCAGUCCCAUGGUAGCCGGUGACCAACAGCAGGUUCAUUCGCCAUUCGUUCCAUCAGGAUACUGGAGCUCAUGUGCACCAUUGGUUUGGAAUCAGGGUUUCCCAACUCCCCUAGGUGAACUUUCCAUGUCCACCGACCCGGUUAAAGCGCCGGACAUUCGCUUUUCGUCCUCUCACUUUCGUAAACAACACCCCCGCCACGAGAAGGCAGUGAUUAGGACUUCCGUGGCAGAGGCUAUAUAUUCGCUGGCCAUAUGAGAGCAUUUCGAGAGGGAGAGGUGACUCUUCCCACUCUCGGCCGUACCAGGGCAUUUGGGGACCUCCACCUUACUUAUAGUUGACUGAAGCCAUAUUAGAAAGUUCAGACUACUUGGUUGGGUUUCGCGUGAUAAUCGUGAUUAGUGGAUGGAAACGUUUAGUAAAAUGACUUCUUUUUUUAAUCAGGUUCUUAAAUGCUUUUGUUAUAGGCAUUAUUGUUAUUUCAAAUAAUCUACUGCUCUUGUUAUUCUUAUCAUACUCGGUAAGUCUUGCUAGUUGAACGCCGGCCGGCUCAGUGGUCUAUCGGUUAAGUGCUCUGGCGCUAGACUUGUAGGCCCUGGGUCCGAAUCUCGCGAGUGCGGGAUCGUGGACGCGCACUGCCGAGGAGUCCCAUAAUAGGACGAAACGGCCAUCCAGUGCUUCCAGGUUUUCCAUGGUGGUCUAGCUUCAAUUGACUCAUGAUUUCAACUAUGAAAAAAGGUCUAAGAAAUGUUAAAUAACAUGAAUUCUUGUAGACCUUCAACUUAUCCAUUUUGUGUUUCUUUUUCUAGUUUUAGGCUUAAUUUAAAAAUGGAAUCAAGAAUAAAAGAUGCUGUUGAACGAUUGGAUCAUCUUUAUCAACGACUUGUUAAUUAUAAACCAUUACUUGAUCAAAAUGUUUUAAAUGCUGAAUUUGAAAUAAGAGCAAAUUUUAAAAAUUUAAUAGAAUUAUUAAGUAAACGACAAUCCAGUCUACUUAUUCAAUUACAUAAUAUUGCUAAAGAGAAAUCUAUACUCAUUGAAAGUAAUAUACAAACAAUUGAAUCUUUACGAAAUGUUUUACUACAAUCCUGUGUGACCAGAAACGAGAUCGAUUCAAAGAAUAGUGAUUAUGUUAAACGAGCUGAAUCAAUUACCUUAACAACAGAUUUAGCACCAUUUAUUGCUUUUCAUAUGGAGAAUAUGCAAUUGAAUAAAAUAAUUUCAACAUUUGGUCGACUUACAUCUAGAUAUCCUGGUCAUUUUGCUGAUCCAAAUAAACCUUCAAUAUGUUUACCACAAUUCUUUGAAGAAGAAGAAAAAGAAGAGAUAAGAAUUGGGAAUUCAACUCUUUCAUCUACUGUAUUCAAUCGUGUUCAACCAUUAUGUAUAUGUAAUGAUCCAACACUAAAUAAGUGGUUAUCAUUAAAAGAACAUAAAUGUAAACGAAGAAAUUCAUCUGAUUCUUUAAGUAAUAUGGGUACAAUGAAAGAGGAAGAGGAUAAAGCGAGUUUUGCAUUAAAAAAUGAUUAUUUUUGGUUUAGUAAAUUAUCUGAAAAAGAAUCAUUACAAGAUAAUUUCGAAUUCAAUAUUUCACGUGUACCGUGUUGUCGACCGGAUUCUACACUAGUUCGUACUUGGCUUGAAUUACGAGAUAGUCAACCGCCGACAGUUGAACCUACAUCUUAUCAUAAAGGAGAAUUAUACGGAUUGAAUAAUACCUUAAAGCCCUCUAAUUACUCGAAUAAAUCUACUUCGGACAGCUUUGAUAUAUUGACAAAUUCAUCUCGAAAUAUGUCCAGUUUAAAAGAUUGGUUAUUCUGUGAUCCGGCUGAAUUAAGAGAUAUGCCCGGUUUAUCAACAAAACUUAAUCAUAAUGAUGGUCAUGUUGGUUACAGUGUUGGUAGUAGUACCAGUGAAUACAGUACACGUCUAGUGAAAUCUUCUUGGCUAAUACCAGAGAAUACAACUUUAUCAAUCAAUAAAAAUAUGUCUACACUCUGCAUAGAUUCGUCAAAAAUCAAUGAUUUAACAAAGAAUUCAUUAUUUCCUGAACACAUUUUUCAUUCUGGACCAAUUGAUUUAUCACGUUGGUUAAGACAAUCACUGUCGUCGUCGUCAUCAUCACCACCCCCACCACCACAAUCGACGGAUAAUAACAGUAGCAACUUGUCAACGGAACAAAAUCAAUCUAUUAAUGAAGAGAUGAAUAGUACUACAUCACAAACAAAUGAAGUCACUAAAAUGAAUGCAAUUAAAAUUAUUAAAAGUAGCGAUACUCUAGUAGAAUACUGUCCAAAAUUUGGAAUAUGUCAAGGUGGUCCUGGUGGACCGACAUGUUGUGGUGGAUGUUCUUUAUCAAUGAAAAAAAGGAACUCAAUUGAUGCAUCAAUACAAUCAAACACUAAUGAAACUUCGGUAAUUGGUAAUUCAUCAAAUGCACUAAACAUUACUGAGAUGAAUUCAUGUAAUAAUAAUAAUAACUCAAUUGUAAGUGAAUUAAAUCGUAUUGCAAACAGUGAUUUAAAGCAAUGGAUUGUUAAUGAUAAGCUAGAACAGUAUGAUAGCAAUGUUGGUUGUUAUUCUGAUCGAAGGCAACAAUUGGAUUCUGUUCAUCCAGUAACUCAAAAUUGUUUAACAUCAUCAUCAGCGCCUCAAACAAACUUUUCUGAUAUCGAUAUGGAAAUUGAUGGAAAGGGACGUGGUGGAGUAGGUGAACUAGAUGAACCAGACACAUUAUCUAAUCGUCCUAUUCUUCUAUCACCAUCAAUUGAUAUCAAUGAUUGUAAAUCUAAAGAAUUCAAUGAGAAAAUAUUUUUAUCAUCUAAAAAGUCUACAUUGUUAAAACAAAAACCAUUAUCCACAUAUGCUCAUUGGUUAAUUUAAUUCAAUAGAAUACUGUUGAAUUUUAACAGGAAUCGUUUCUUUGCCAACUCUUGCUCAUUCUGUCUCCUUCUGUUCCAUUGUGUAUGGAUAAUAAAUAGAGUCCUAUGAUAUUCUUUUUUAUGUGUUAAUUCUUCUCACUCACUCACUCACUCACUCAAUCAAUCAAUCAAUCAAUCAAUCAAUCAAUCAAUCAAUCAAUCAAUCAAUCAAUCAAUCAAUCACCUCACUCACCCAUACUCAUUUGUUCCCUAAAAACUAUGCUUAAUUUUCUUUGACUCUUUGACUUUUUCAAUCAUAAAUUUAUUUAGUUUAAGAUUAUUAAUAAUUUAAUCUGAUUUUAUCUGAAUUCAUUUGGACAGUAUGAGAAAUGAGGGGGUGGGGUGGUGAAACGAUGAAUCAAAAGUGACAAUCAUUAGUUCCAAUGAUUUCUAAUUGUAAUUAUGUUAUCAUUUCAAUAUAUAUCUAUGGUAAUUGGUUUACAU